AUGCACAUCCCGAUUAUUGUCGUUUUGGCAAGUGGUGAUAACCCCGUGUGGAUUCUCCUCUCCAAACCGAUUCUCGCCGUCUUCCGCUUCAUUUUCGGAGAAAUCGAUAUCGUGAAAUAUGGAAAGCCAGGUUGGGAAAGCAAGGAUAAAUACAAGAUGCAUGAGAAAUUGGGGGAUGCGGUGGUUCACGUCAGCCCAGGACACAAUUGGUUGUAUAUUUGUAAUCCGGCAGCUGUAAAUGAUAUUUUUAAGAGGAAAGACGAUUUUGACCGGCCUCCUGAGUUGUUGGAGGUGUUGGGAGUAUUUGGACCAAACCUCUCAACGGCAAGUUCUCCAUUUACCAGCGGCGGGACAUAUAAACUGACAAAAUGGCAGGCUAUAGGAGCUGAUUGGCAACGCCAACGCAAAAUAACCUCCGCACCAUUCAACGACAAGAACAACUCGUUGGUCUGGACGGAAACCCUCCGUCAGGCCUCCGAAGUGCUGCAAUUCUGGAAAACCGCUAAGGGUCCGAUUACCACUACGGACAUCGAUACACGCACGCUCUCCCUCCACGUUCUUUCUGGCGCCGGAUUUGGGAAGAGUUACUCUUUCAAGAAGAGCGCCGAGAAGGCAAAGGAGGGGCAUAUGUUCAACUACCGCGAUGCAAUUUCUCUCAUCCUCGAAAAUUGUCUGUUGAUCCUCGUCCUGGGGCCAAGAUUGCUUGGAAAGAUGGCAGGAUGGUCCAUUUUUGGAAAUUGGUCCCGAAUCGGACAAGCAACGAUUGAUUUUAAAGACCAUAUGACGACCAUGCUUAUCGAAGAAAAAUCCGCAAUCGCCACGGGCAAGGUUCGUUCCCCAACAAUCACAAAUGCCCUCAUCCGCGCUAGCGAAGAAAGUAACGCAGCCACGGGUGGGGGUUUUAAGGGAUUGACGGAGGAUGAGAUAUAUGGCAAUAUUUUCGUGUAUAAUUUCGCGGGCCACGAUACCACAGCUACAACGUUCAACUGGGCGUUGUACUUGUUGGCUGCAUUCCCGGAUGUGCAGGAAUGGAUGGCAGAAGAAAUAAACGCUGUCCUUGGUGAUAGAGAGGCGGAAGAUGUAGACUUCAGAGACGUAUUUCCUAAACUAAAUCGCUGUUUAGCUGUAUUAUACGAAACCCUUCGGCUCUGGAAUCCGUUGCUUGGAAUCUGCAAGUCUACAUUCCUCAUCCCACAGCCGUUGACGGUGGGUGAAAAGACAAUUGUAGUUCCCCCGGAUACGAGGAUAAUUCCCAAUUCGAACGCGAUACACACUCACCCUCGAUAUUGGGGCGAAGAUAGCAUGUCCUGGAAACCUGCACGCUGGAUCCUCUCAUCCGCCACCUCUUCCCCAUCGUCCCAACUCAACGCCCAAGCAGAAACCUUCAAGACAUUUCCAAAAGGCUCAUACAUCGCCUGGUCCGAUGGCGUACGUCCCUGCCCCGGAAAAAAAUUUAGUCAAGUAGAGUUUGUUGCUGCUAUGGUGAGUUUGUUUCGGAGACACAGGGUCGAAAUUGUACCAAAUGCGGGAGAGAGUGUGCUGGAGGCGCGGGAAAGGGUAAAGAAGGUUAUUAAUGACAAUGUCAUUGUGCUUUUGUUACAGAUGAGGGAGCCCAAGACUGUGGGGCUGAAGUGGGUUGAGGUAAAGUAG